GCCAUCCAAUACCAUCAACGUCAUCUAGAAAUUGCUAAAGAAGUGGAAGACAAGGUCGGAGAAGGAAGAAGUUAUUGCAAUCUCGGCAACGCUCAUCAAGGUCUAGGACAGUUCAAAACAGCAAUCCAGUACCAUCAAUGUCAUCUAGAAAUUGCUAAAGAAGUGGGAGACAAGGCCGGAGAGGGGAAAAGUUAUGUCAAUCUCGGCAACGCUUAUGACAGUCUAGGACAGUUCAAAACAGCCAUCCAGUACCAUCAACGUCAUCUAGAAAAUGCUGAAGAAGUGGGAGACAAGGCCGGAGAGGGAAUCAGUUACUGCAAUCUCGGUAUCGCUUAUCAAGGUCUAGGACAGUUCAAAACAGCCAUUCAGUACCAUCAACGUCAUCUAGAAAUUGCUAAAGAAGUGGGAGACAAGGCCGGAGAGGGAAUCACUUAUGGCAAUCUCGGCAACGCUUAUCAAGGUUUAGGACGGUUCAAAACAGCCAUCCAGUACCAUCAACGUCAUCUAGAAAUUGCUAAAGAAGUGGGAGACAAGGCCGGAGAGGGAAAAAGUUAUGGCAGUCUCGGCAACGCUUAUUGCAGUCUAGGACAGUUCAAAACAGCCAUCCAGUACCAUCAACGUCAUCUAGAAAUUACUAAAGAAGUGGGAGACAAGGCUGGAGAGGGAAGAAGUUAUUGCAUUCUCGGCGUCGCUUAUCAAGGUCUAGGACAGUUCAAAACAGCCAUCCAGUACCAUCAACGUCAUCUAGAAAUUGCUAACGACUUGGGAAACAAGGCCGGAGAGGGAAUCAGUUCCUGCAAUCUCGGCAACAAUUAUCGCUGUCUAGGACAGUUCAAAACAGCCAUCCAGUACCAUCAACGUCAUCUAGAAAUUGCUAAAGAAGUGGGAGACAACGCCGAAGAGGGAAUCAGGCAUGGCAAUCUCGGCAACGCUUAUCAAGGUCUAGGACAGUUCAAAACAGCCAUCCAGUACCAUCAACGUCAUCUAGAAAUUGCUAAAGAAGUGGGAAACAAGGCCGGAGAGGGAAUCAGUUAUUGCAAUCUCGGUGUCGCUUAUCGUAGUCUAGGACAGUUCAAAACAGCCAUCCAGUACCAUCAGCGUCAUCUAGAAAUUGCUGAAGAAGUGGGAGACAAGGCUGGAGAGGGAAGAAGUUAUGGCAAUCUCGGCAACGCUUAUUGCAGUCUAGGACAGUUCAAAACAGCCAUCCAGUACCAUCAACGUCAUCUAGAAAUUGCUAAAGAAGUGGGAGACAAGGCCGGAGAAGGAAGAAGUUAUUGCAAUCUCGGCAACGCUUAUCAAGGUCUAGGACAGUUCAAAACAGCCAUCCAGUACCAUCAACGUCAUCUAGAAAUUGCUAAAGAAGUGGGAAACAAGGCCGGAGAGGGAAUCAGUUAUUGCUAUCUCGGUGUUUAUCGCAAUCAUCCAUCCAGUACCAUCAACAAUUAUCGCUGUCUAGGACAGUUCAAAACAGCCAUCCAGUACCAUCAACGUGAUCUAGAAAUUGCUAAAGAAGUGGGAGACAAGGCCGGAGAGGGAAGAAGUUUUGGCAAUCUCGGCAACGCUUAUCAAGGUCUAGGACAGUUCAAAACAGCCAUCCAGUACCAUCAACGUGAUCUAGAAAUUGCGAAAGAAGUGCGAAACAAGGCCGGAGAGGGAAUCAGUUAUGGCAAUCUCGGCGACGAUUAUCACUGUCUAGGACAGUUCAAAACAGCCAUCCAGUACCAUCAACGUCAUCUAGAAAUUGCUAAAGAAGUGGGAAACAAGGCCGGAGAGGGAAUCAGUUAUUGCAAUCUCGGUGUCGCUUAUCGUAGUCUAGGACAGUUCAAAACAGCCAUCCAGUACCAUCAACAUGAUUUAGAAAUUGCUAAAGAAGUGGGAGACAAGGCCGGAGAGGGAAUCAGUUGUGGCAAUCUCGGCAACAAUUAUCGCUGUCUAGGACAGUUCAAAACAGCCAUCCAGUACCAUCAACGUGAUCUAGAAAUUGCUAAAGAAGUGGGAGACAAGACCGGAGAGGGAAGAAGUUAUGGCAAUCUCGGCAACGCUUAUCAAGGUCUAGGACAGUUCAAAACAGCCAUCCAGUACCAUCAACGUCAUCUAGAAAUUGCUAAAGAAGUGGGAGACAAGGCCGAAGAGGGAAUCAGGCAUGGCAAUCUCGGCAACGCUUAUCAAGGUCUAGGACAGUUCAAAACAGCCAUCCAGUACCAUCAACGUCAUCUAGAAAUUGCUAAAGAAGUGGGAAACAAGGCCGGAGAGGGAAUCAGUUAUUGCAAUCUCGGUGUCGCUUAUCGUAGUCUAGGACAGUUCAAAACAGCCAUCCAGUACCAUCAGCGUCAUCUAGAAAUUGCUAAAGAAGUGGGAGACAAGGUUGGAGAGGGAAGAAGUUAUGGCAAUCUCGGCAACGCUUAUCAAGGUCUAGGACAGUUCAAAACAGCCAUCCAGUACCAUCAACGUCAUCUAGAAAUUGCUAAAGAAGUGGGAUACCAGGCCGGAGAAGGAAGAAGUUAUUGCAAUCUCGGUAUCGCUUAUCAUGGUCUAGGACACUUCAAAACAGCCAUCCAGUACGAUCAACGUCAUCUAGAAAUAGCUGAAGCAGUGGGAAACAAGGCCGAUGAGGGAAGAGUUUAUGGCAAUCUCGGCAACGCUUAUCGCAGUUUAGGACAGUUCAAAACAGCCAUCCAGUACCAUCAACGUCAUCUAGAAAUUGCUAAAGAAGUGGGAGACAAGGCCGGAGAGGAAAUCAGUUAUGGCAAUCUCGGCAACGCUUAUCGCAGCCUAGGACAGUUCGAAACAGCCAUCCAGUACCAUCAACGUCAUCUAGAAAUUGCCAAAGAAGUGGGAGACAAGGCCGGAGAAGGAAGUAGUUAUUGCAAUCUCGGCAACGCUUAUCAAGGUCUAGGACAGUUCAAAAUAGCCAUCCAGUACCAUCAACGUCAUCUAGAAAUUGCUAAAGAAGUGCGAAACAAGGCCGGAGAGGGAAAUAGUUAUAGCAGUCUCGGCAACGCUUAUGACAGUCUAGGACAGUUCAAAACAGCCAUCCAGUACCAUCAACGUCAUCUGGAAAUUGCUAAAGAAGUGGGAGACAAGGCUGGAGAGGGAAGAAGUUAUUGCAUUCUCGGCGUCGCUUAUCAAGGUCUAGGACAGUUCAAAACAGCCAUCCAGUACCAGCAACGUCAUAUAGAAAUUGCUAAAGAAGUGGAAAACAAGGCCGGAGAGGGAAUCAGUUAUGGCAAUCUCGGCGUACAUUAUUGCUGUCUAGGACAGUUCAAAACAGCCAUCCAGUACCAUCAGCGUCAUCUAGAAAUUGCUAAAGAAGUGGGAGACAAGGCUGGAGAGGGAAGAAGUUAUGGCAAUCUCGGCAACGCUUAUCAAGGUCUAGGACAGUUCAAAACAGCCAUCCAGUACCAUCAACGUCAUCUAGAAAUUGCUAAAGAAGUGGGAGACAAGGCCGGAGAAGGAAGGAGUUAUUGCAAUCUCGGUGUCGCUUAUCAUGGUCUAGGACGGUUCAAAAAUGCCAUCCAGUACCAUCAACGUCAUCUAGAAAUAGCUGAAGCAGUGGGAAACAAGGCCGAUGAGGGAAGAAGUUAUGGCAAUCUCGGCACCGCUUAUCGCAGUUUAGGACAGUUCAAAAGAGCCAUCCAGUACCAUCAACGUCAUCUAGAAAUUGCUAAAGAAGUGGGAGACAAGGCCAGAGAGGGAAGAAGUUAUGGCAGUCUCGGCAACGCUUAUUGCAGUCUAGGACAGUUCAAAACAGCCAUCCAGUACCAUCAACGUGAUCUAGAAAUUGCUAAAGAAGUGGGAGACAAGGCUGGAGAGGGAAGAAGUUAUUGCAAUCUCGGCGUCGCUUAUGAAGAUCUAGGACAGUUCAAAACAGCCAUCCAGUACCAUCAGCGUCAUCUAGAAAUUGCUAAAGAAGUGGGAAACAAGGCCGGAGAGGGAAUCAGUUAUUGCAAUCUCGGUGUCGCUUAUCGUAGUCUAGGACAGUUCAAAACAGCCAUACAGUACCAUCAACGUCAUCUAGAAAUUGCUAAAGAAGUGGGAGACAAGGCCGGAGAGGGAAUCAAUUAUGGCAAUCUUGGCAACGAUUAUCUCUGUCUAGGACAGUUCAAAACAGCCAUCCAGUACCAUCAACGUCAUCUAGAAAUUGCUAAAGAAGUGGGAGACAAGGCCGGAGAGGGAAUCAGUUAUGGCAAUCUCGGAAACGCUUAUCGCAGUCUAGGACAGUUCAAAACAGCCAUCCAGUACCAUCAACGUAAUCUAGAAAUUGCUAAAGAAGUGGGAGACAAGGCCGGAGAGGGAAUCAGUUAUGGCAACCUCGGCAAAGCUUAUCGCUGUCUAGGACAGUUCAAAACAGCCAUCCAGUACCAUCAACGUCAUCUAGAAAUUGCUAAAGAAGUGGGAGACAAGGCCGGAGAGGGAAGAAGUUAUGGCAAUCUCGGCAACGCUUAUCGUGAUCUAGGACAGUUCAAAACAGCCAUCCAGUACCAUCAACGUCAUCUAGAAAUUGCUAAAGAAGUGGGAAACAAGGCCGGAGAGGGAAUCAGUUAUGGCAAUCUCGGCAACGCUUAUGACAGUCUAGGACAGUUCAAAACAGCCAUCCAGUACCAUCAACGUCAUCUAGAAAUUGCUAAAGAAGUGGGAAACAAGGCUGGAGAGGGAAUCAGUUAUUGCAAUUUCGGCAGCGUUUAUAACAGUUUAGGACAGUUCAAAACAGCCAUCCAGUACCAUCAACGUCAUCUAGAAAUUGCUAAAGAAGUGGGAGACAAGGCCGGAGAGGGAAAAAGUUAUGGCAAUCUCGGCAACGAUUAUCUCUGUCUAGGACAGUUCAAAACAGCCAUCCAGUACCAUCAACGUGAUCUAGAAAUUGCUAAAGAAGUGGGAGACAAGGCCGGAGAGGGAAUCAGUUAUGGCAAUCUCGGCAACGCUUAUUGCAGUCUAGGACAGUUCAAAACAGCCAUCCAGUACCAUCAACGUCAUCUGGAAAUUGCGAAAGAAGUGGGAGACAAUGCCGGAGAGGGAAUCAGUUAUGGCAAUCUCGGCAACGCUUAUCAAGGUCUACGACAGUUCAAAACAGCAAUCGAGUACCAUCAACGUCAUCUAGAAAGUGCUAAAGAAGUGGGAGAUAAGGCUGGAGAGGGAAUCAGUUAUGGCAAUCUCGGCAACGCUUAUCAAGGUCUUCGACAGUUCAAAACAGCAAUCGAGUACCAUCAACGUCAUCUAGAAAUUGCUAAAGAAGUGGGAAAUAAGGCUCGAGAGGGAAUCUGUUAUUGCGGACUAGGCAGCAUUCAUCUCGGUCAAAGAGAGUUGAAAACAGCUAUUGUGUAUUAUCAACGUCACCGAGAAAUAUCCAAAGAAGUGGGAGAUAAGACUGGAGAGGCGUGCUCACUCUGUUCUCUUGGAAGCAGUUUUGAGUGCCAAGGAAAUCUUAUGAUAGCCUUUGACUGUUAUUACUCGAGUGUAGAAUUGUAUGAUGAUAUCAGGGCCAGUCUUCAACUCAACGAUCAGUGGAAGAUUUCUUAUCGUAAUGAGCACCAAAGUGCAUACAAAGGUUUGUGGCGUAUAAAUCUCAAACAAGGUCAAGUUGUAAAGGCUCUUCUUUCCGCAGAGAAAGGACGUGCUCAAGCUCUGAGAGAUCUCAUGGACACAAAAUAUCAUCCUGGAGAUUCUUUAACGCACGGCGCAUCCCGCAUUUCUCUAAGGUGGGUUCCAUUGAGCACAGUUUUCAUAGCUAUCAAUGGACCAUGCGUUUACUUCUGGGUUUGCCUCAGUGAAAAUCAUAUCCAGAUGAGAGAAGUACACGUGAACAAUUAUAAAUAUGAGAAUGAAUUGAAAUUUUUCAUCCAGCUACUAAACAAAUCUGCGCUUAAGGAGAUCGGUGCAAGUGAUACUGUUGCAAUCGAAAAUCCUCUGCUUGAUUCGCCGACAGAAGAGGAAAUGGCCAAUGGUGUGAUCCGAGUUGAUGUGAGGCACUCCCAAUCAAGUGCUUUAAAGAAGCUGCAUGAAAUCAUCGUUUCUCCUAUUGCUGAUCUGAUCAAAGGCAACGACGAGAUCACAUUCGUUCCUGAGGGGCCAUUUUGCCUAGUACCUUAUGCAGCAUUGCAGGAGUCGAACUCAUCAUAUUUAAGUGAUUCUUUCAGAAUUCGUGUGCUUCCCUCUCUGACGACGUUGCAACUAAUUCGUGAUAGUCCAGCUGACUUUCACACGAAGACUGGUGCAUUACUUGUCGGCGACCCAUGUUUCAAACAUAUCAUCUAUCAGGGAGGACUUUUAGUGCAACUUCCAGGAGCAAGGAAAGAAGUGGAGAUGAUCGGACGUGUCCUUAAUGUUUCCCCCCUGAUUGGAGAAAUGGCAACUAAACAUGAAGUGUUAAAACGAAUAUCAUCAGUGGCCUUAGUUCACAUUGCUGCACACGGUAAACUGGAAACUGGAGAAGUUAUCCUGGCACUAAACACCACAAGAGAAAACCCUCAGCCGCAAGAGAAGGACUAUCUACUGACGAUGAAAGAUGUCAUAGAAGCUGGGUUAAGAGCACGUCUGGUUGUACUUAGCUGCUGUCACACUGCUCGUGGGGAGGUCAUGGCUGAGGGUGUGGUCGGCAUGGCGCGUGCACUUUUGGCUGCCGGUGCUAGAUCUGUUGUGGUAACCUUGUGGGCGAUUGGCGACGAGGGAACCCUGGAGUUCAUGACUUUCUUCUACGAUGCACUUUCCAAAGGCAAGAAGGCAAGUGAAGCUCUCAAUCACGCCAUGAAGUGUAUGAGAGAAAUUGAAAAGUUCAAGGAGGUGAUUUACUGGGCACCAUUUGUACUCAUUGGUGAUGACGUCAACCUGGAUUUCAAGGAUAUUAGUGGCCGAAACAAGUAA